AGCUAUCUUUCAAAGGGCCUACUCUCUAGCCAAAAAAAAUAAAAAUCAUACUCUGUUCUUUUGUUUUUAAGAGUUCAUGGAAGGUGACAUUGGUAGCUAUUUUUGGCGUCUUCAAAUCAAGAAAAGGGGAUCAUGACUACUAAUUAAUUAGCAAAUUAAACAAAGGUUCAUUUAUGGAUAAUCAGAGUUCUAAUUGUCCAUCUCAAAAUUUCACACAAAAUCACACAAAUAAACCAAUUUCAUCCUUCUUAGGUUCUCCAAGAAUCUUUAAUGGCCUUUUGACCAGAAGUUUAUCUGAUAUCGGGACUAUUCGAACAAGUCGGGAUCGACUAUAUGAUACUGAAAUUAUCAGUAGCCCAAAUUCCCUUCUUGAUGACAUGCAAAAUCUUAAUAUUGGGAAUCCUUUUGGUUAUGAUAGAAAAUCACCAAACCCCAUCACUAAAAAUCCUCCAACUAUUAAUACAACUCCAAAAAUCAUGCCUCGAUUUCAAACAAGUCAGGAUCAACUGUAUGAUGUUGAAUGCAUUGUUAACUCAAAUUCAACACUUGAUGGCAUGCAAAAUCACAAUCUUGGAAGCCCUUUUGGUUAUGAUAGAAAACCACCAAACCCCUUCACUAAAAGACCUCCAAAUAACGAACUGAAAUCAGAAAUUAUCACGUCUCAGUUUCAAACAAGUCUUAGUUACGAUAGAAAAUCACAAAACCCCAUCACUAAAAAGCAUCCAAAUAGCAAAAUGGAAUCAGAAAGUAUUGGACUUGCUCUUAUUGAUCCUAAAGUAACUAGUGAAAAGUUCCAUGUCCUAUUUGGAGCAAAGUUAAAAAUAGAAAUCCCUUGUUCAAUAAUUGAGGUGAAAAAUAAUACUUGUGAGGAUUUAGAUGAAAUGGAGAGUUCAGAGGACUACACUUGUGUGAUUACUCAUGGUCCUAAUCCAAAAACAACUCAUAUAUUUGAUAAUUGCAUCAUUGAGAGGUGUUGUGGAGUUAGAAAGUUUAGGGAGAAUUCUUGCAAAGUUGAUCAUAUAAAGGGCAAAGACAUCUAACAUGUAAGUGCGUGUAUGAGAAAUAAAUCCUCCUUUUUCUUGUUUGUACGUUUAUAAUUUUUUCUAGAUCGGAUUUUGUUGAAUCGAGGAUGUAUCGAAAAUAACCUCUUCUAAAGUAGAGGUGAAGUCUACCUAGCUAUAUUCUAUUAUCAGUAUUAGAAAUGGAAGUUUUUUUCGACUG